CGGCACUGGGGCAUCCCACGCCCGCGGCCCUCCAGCUGCCAACGGCGGCACCGUCGCUCGUAGCGGCCCAGGCACCAGCCCCAGUGGCGGCAAUCCCCCGGGCGGCAACCAAGGCAACGCCCCCGCAGAGGAUGAGAACAGCGAGGCGGCGGUGAUGCGGCGCAAGGUGCUUGGCCUGCACGUGCUGCUGCUCCGCAUCGCCCUCCGCCUGGGCCAGAAUCCGCGCUCCAGCCUCGUGCAGCAGGUCGUCUACAGGCUGGACCUGGCAGAGAGCAUCCGCGCGCCAACGCGCGGACCGAGGCGCAACCCCUUCGAGACAGCGCUGGCGGAAGCUGAGCGGCAGGAGGCGGAGUCGGGCCCCCCGGCGGAGCUACCCUUCUCGGCGACCAUCCUGUGCGUGGGCAUCACUGGCGUCGGCAAGACCGCCACCAUCCACUCCGUGCUUGGCCUGCCGCCCCCCGCCAUGGGCAGCUUCGAGCCCGAGACCAAGCAGGUGCGUGUGCUAGACGGCGCAAUCAACGGCAUCCGCGUGCGCUUCAUCGACACGCCGGGGCUGCAGGCCGCGGCAAGCGCAGUCGGGUACAACGCGCGCAUCCUGGCGCAGAUCCGCAAGGCGCACCGCAAGUACAAGCCCGACAAUGUGCUGUACUUUGACCGCAUGGACCAGGUGCGCCGCGACCAGAGCGACAUCCCGGUGCUGCGCGCGCUGACCAAUUCGCUGGGCGCGGCCAUGUGGUUCAACUGCAUCCUGGUGCUCACGCACGCGGCCGCCGCCCCUCCCGACAACAAUAACGGGCCCAUGACCUACGACGUCUACGCCAAUCAGCGCUGUCACACCCUGCAGCAGGCCAUCCGGUUUGCUGCGGGCGAUCAGCGGCUGAUGAACCCCCUGGCUCCGGCUGAGAACCAUCCAAACUGCCGGCGCAACGCGGCUGGGGAGCCCGUGCUGCCCAGCGGCAACCCCUGGAAGCAGCAGAUGCUGCUGCUCUGCCUCUCCUCCAAGAUCCUCUCCGACGCCGACUCUCUGCUUAAGAUCUCUGCCACCAACACAGGUGCGUGGCCAGCAUCGCGGCUGCAGCAGAUGCUGCGUGGGCAGCGCCUGCCGCCCAUCCCCCACUUGCUGUCUGUUAUGGUGCAGCCCAAACUGCCGCGCAAGUACCCUGAGGAGGAGAGGGACAUCAUGCGCGAGGAUGAGAUCGCGGCACUGCCCACAGAGGAGGAGCGCCGCCGCGAGAUCAGGCGCGAGGAGGCCAAGGCGGACGACGGCGCUCAGGUGUCCAUCCCAGCGCCAGACCCGCCGCUGCCACCCACCUUCGACGCGGAUGUGAGCACGCACCGCUACCGCUUCCUCGAGCAGCCCGGCGGCUGGCUGGCCCGGCCGUUUGUGGAGCCGACAGGUCUGGACCACGACGACGGCAUCGAUGGCCUGUCGACUGAGCGCAGCAUCGUGCUUCGGCGCAAGGGCCAGCACGUGGGCGGCAUCCCGCUCUUCGCCAUGGCCCAGAUGCAGAAGGACAAGAACCAGCAGAUGCUCAACGCUGACGUGGAGGCAUCGGUGUACCACACUUCGCGGCUGGUGAGCACGGCAGCGCUGGACCUGAUGACGACGCAGCGCGACCUCAUCUACACAGCGCGCGCCGAGACCCGCCUCAAGAUCCACCCCAAAGACAAGGCCGCCCUCGGCAUCACCGUCGCCCGUCUCGGCCCGGUGGCGGUGGGCCUGAAGGCGGAGAACCGGCUGAAGCUGCACAAGAAGGCCAAGCUGGUGUCGACGCUGGGCCGCAUGACGUGCAAGACGCGCAUGGGCCGCGAGAACGCGACUGCCGGACAGGCCGAGCUCAAGCUGCGCCUCGGCGACGACCAACGCUCCCAGAUCGUGGCGGGGACGUCGUUCAUGAACUUCCGCAACGACAUGGCAAUUGCCGGCAACCUGGCCGCGCAGUUCUCGCCGACGCCCGAAACGCAGGUGGUGUCUCGCUGCAGCCUCAACUCCAAGUCGGCGGGCUCUGUCUCCAUGCGUGUGACCUCCCACGACUACCCCCAGCUGGGCUACUCGCUGUUGGUGCCCAUCGCAUCCGCCCUCAUCAACCGCCUCCGGGGCAAGGACAUGUAUUGA